AAAGCGUGUGCGAUUGCAGUGAAAAGUUUUGUAGCAGUCUUGGCGGAGGUAAAGAUGUUAACUCUGGUGUUUACCAGCGUUUUAGCAGGACUACUGGCUCUGCUUCUCUGCCAAAGAAUGACUUAUCGCUUCUUCUGGGUGGAUUUGAUGUAUUACUUGAAACUUCGGAGGUACGGAAAGGCAUUGCAGGCUCGUAUGCAGCAAGGAAUCGUCACAUACCUCGACUGUUUUCUGUACCAGGCGAGGAAUAACCCGAAGAAACCCUUCAUCAUCUUCGAAAACCAGACUCUGACAUACCAGGAUGUGGACAGGAGAAGUAACCAGUUUGCGAACGCGCUCAGGACGGAGGGCUCUUUGAAACAAGGAGACAUUGUUGCACUGUUGAUGUUUAACGAACCAGACUUUAUUUGUGUGUGGCUGGGACUGUGUAAACUGGGAUGUGAAGUCGCCUUUCUUAACGUCAACAUCAAACCCAAAUCUCUGCUUCACUGCAUUCAGAGUUGUGGGGCCGGGACCCUUGUUGUUGGCGCAGAUUUCGUGUGUAUGGUGGAAGAAGUGCUGCCUGAUCUGAAGAGGGACAACAUGGCUAUGUGGGUGGUGGAUUACACAUCACCCUCCAAGGAUUUUAGCAGUUUAUUAGAUAAAUUGGAACACAUGUCUGGAGAAACCUUAAGUGACCUUCCUAAAGUUCACUUCAUGUCAAACUUUCUCUUCAUUUUUACUUCAGGCACCACAGGUGUCUCCAAGGCAGCCCGCGUUGGUCAUUUGAAAGCCAUUUUGAGUAUGGCCUUCUUUCAAAUGUGUGGAGCCACAUCUGAUGACAUCAUCUACAUCACACUUCCUCUUUACCACAUGUCUGCUUCCUUGUUAGGGAUCGGAGGAUGCAUACACCUUGGUGCAACAUGUGUGUUAAAAAAGAAGUUUUCUGCCAGUCAGUUUUGGAAGGACUGUGUGAAACACAAUGUGACUGUGGUGCAGUACAUAGGAGAGCUCUGUCGAUACUUGGUUAACCAUCCCAAGGUUCCAGAGGAGAGAGCUCACAGUGUUUGGUUGGCAGCAGGAAGUGGUCUCAGGUCAGAUGUUUGGAAGGAGUUUGUCAAACGCUUUUGUGGGAUCAAGAUCAGAGAGGGUUACGGCUUGACUGAGGCCAGCAUUGGCUUCCUCAACUACACAGAUGAGGUUGGACCGAUUGGGAGGGCAAGCUUUUUCAACAAGCUUUCUAUGCCCUUUGAGCUCCUGCGAUAUGAUCCACAAACUUAUGAGCCAGUCCGAACAAACUCUGGAAGAUGCAUUCAAGCAAAAAUAGGAGAGGCAGGGAUCCUGGUAGCUCCUCUGUCAGCUAUGAACCAGUUCCUGGGUUAUGCUGGGAAUAAGGUCCAGUCUGAAAAGAAGCUGCUCAGAGAUGUUUUCAAAGCCGGGGACGUCUAUUUCAACACUGGAGACCUCUUGCUCCGUGAUCACGGGGACUUUCUUUACUUCCAUGACCGCAUUGGAGACACCUUCAGGUGGAAAGGAGAGAAUGUUUCUACCACAGAGGUGUCUGAGGUUUUAGGUCUUCUUGCUUUUAUCCAGGAGGCCAGCGUCUAUGGAGUCGCCAUACCAGGAUAUGAAGGUCGAGUAGGUAUGGCUGCCAUCGUCCUAAAACGGGAUCACACAUUAAAUGGAACAAAACUCUACAAUCAUUUAGUAAAAACUCUUCCUGCAUAUGCCUGGCCGUGGUUUCUCAGAAUACAGACAUCUCUGGAUGUGACAGAGACCUUCAAGCAACAGAAGGUGAAGCUGGUCCAGGAGGGUUUUAAUCUGGAAGUCACCCAGGAUCCUCUUUAUUUCUUAGAUGUCUCUCAGAAGGACUAUAUUCCCCUGACUGUAUCUCUAUAUGAAGACAUUGUGUCUGGAAAGAUCAAUUUAUAAACAUUUUAGGAUGAGUUAAUGCGGAAGUACUGUCAUUCACAUUAUAUCGAAGGAUACGCUAAAGAUAAUCCAUGAUGUAGCUACAUUUCAAUUUGUCUGUACUUUUCAUCAUGAAACUGCAAACUUUCCCCUGCAAAAAAAAUUUAAGUAAAUUCAAUUACUGAUGUCAUUUGUGGGAUUCAAGCCCAGGAUUGGAACAAGUUUUGUGUAAAAAUGUUAACCACAGCUAUCACACUAAUAAUAAAUGGGCACAAAAAAAAUAGGGUUCUACCAUUUCGCGGUUUGAACCCUAAUAAAAGCAGAA